CCUUUUUCCCCGUCUGCCAAAUGGCCACGCCGCCCGGGCAGCGACCUCAGCUGCAGCAACAACAGCAACAACAGCAGCAACAGCAGUCGCCACCGCGGCCGUCGAUCUUCCGCGACCUGCGCGAUCGUGAGCAGUCACCCAACGCCCCUGCCCGCCAGCCACCGAGCUUCCAUGGCUCAGUGCCCAUGACGGCGGGCUUCUCCGGGCCACCCGCGUCCGCAUCGUCAGCGACAUUGGCAUCAUCGCUGGCGUCCAUGACUCCAGGUGGCUACUCGAGCUACAACCAAAGCGCAGCAGCAGCAGCAGCAGCAGCAGCCAACCAUGCAGCCGCAAUGGCAGCCAUCACAGCCGCAGCCGCUGCAGCCGUCGGGCAGCUCUUCUCCAGCAGCUGCAAGGCCCAGGGCGGUGCCUGGAACAGCGCGCAGCCGCCACCUGGCCGGGCGGCGUCCUCGUUCCCGUCCUCUGCCGGUGGGAUGACCACCACUACUACUACGACUACUACUACUACAACAACAAGCCUACCAUCAUCUGCUCCUCCAGGUCAAGCGCAGUCCAUGAUGGCUGGUGGGUUUGCCGCGUCGUACUCGAGCGAUCGCCAAGCGACCAUUCCCCCGUUCCUGGGCGCUCCGAAUGCUGCUGCUGGUGCUGCUGGGGCUGCUGGUGCUGCUGGUGCUGUGCCAAUGUCGGCUGCUCAAGUCCAGAUGCAACCGCAGCAGCAGAUGCAGCUCCAAGCCAGCCGCGGCGCUCAUCCGUCCACACCGGCUGCCCCAACUGCUGCUGCUGCUGCUGCAGGUGCGAGUGCUGGAGAGCGCAAGCUCCCAGGCAAGGACGUGAUUCUCGGCCAAAUCACAAAGCUCGAGAGCGACAUUGGCGAGCUCGAGCAGCAAAUUGCAUCCCUGCGAGAGACGGACGACAAGAGCGCUCAGAGCGAAGAGGUGGCUCGAGAGCGCCUUGCACUGGAAGCCGCAUCGGAGGCAGAACGCGCUCUGCCCGCCAAAGUCCAGUCAAUCCAGGACGACGACACGCUCACAAUCGUUGAAAAGAUCUACAAGUCCAACCGCACCAUUGCCUCUGGAUCGCAAGUGUUGCCAGUCCCUGCCUACAUGCAACCGUCGGAUUUGCCGUCCUAUCGCGGCGUGAUUGAAAACCACCAUCGGGUGCGUCCACGACUGAUGGGCGCGCUGCACAUGCGUCGACAGGCCACCGAGCGCAAAGUCACCGAACUCCGAACCGAGUACGAUACGCUUCUGGCCCAAUGGCAGGAGCGUCUUCGCGUCGAGGAUUCCAAUCCAAAGAAAAUAAGUCGAGAUGCCAAAUUCCGAGAAUUUUACGAGUCCCAGUUCCCAGAAAUGUUCCAGCGAGAAAAGCGGUCUGGACGCCAGACAGAUGCAGCUCGUAGCGAUGCCGAGUUUGACCGCAUCAUGCUCAAUCUUCUUGCUGAGACCGCUGGCGACGAUCGUCACGUCAAAACACUGGCAGUCGUCACCAACAUGAUCCUGGAUCCGUACGAAAAGCAACGGCUGCGCUACGACAACCGCAAUGGCCGCAUUCUUGACAGCGUCUCCCUUGAGAAGGAGCGCAACAGGAGUAGUAGUAGCUGCUAA